UAAAAAAAUUGCAAGUUAAUCAAUCGAAUAUAAUGCCGGGGUUUAAGUCUAAAACCCUAAUCCAAAGCAGACCCAGAAAUCCGCCAUGGCUGUGUUGAGCUCGAAGCAAGUCUUGCAAGACAACAACACCACUGACCCCAGCUCAAUUACAUCACUUACCCUCACUCACAAAGCUCUUUCUGAUGUAUCCUGUUUGAGCGAGUUCGAAAAUUUGCAGAAGCUUGAUCUUGCGUUUAACAAUUUAACUUCCCUAGAGGGGCUGAAGUUAUGUGUGAAUUUGAAGUGGCUCUCUGUUGUGCAAAACAAACUUCAGAGCUUGAAAGGGAUUGAAGGACUUAUUAAACUGACUGUACUGAAUGCCGGAAAAAACAAGCUCAAAUCUAUGGACGAGGUCAGUGGUCUUGUGAACUUGCGAGCACUGAUUUUGAAUGACAAUGACAUUGUUUCGAUUUGCAAGCUUGAUAAAAUGAAAGAGUUGAAUACAUUGGUUCUUUCUAGAAAUCCAAUAUCUGGAAUUGGCCAGAGUCUGGCCAAAAUUAACUCAAUCACAAAAUUGUCUCUCUCUAAUUGCCAAGUACAAGGUAUUGACUCUUCACUUAAAUCCUGCACCGAGUUAAAGGAGCUACGACUUGCUCAUAAUGAAAUUAAGACACUUCCUUGUGAGUUGGCUUUUAAUAUAAAACUUCAAAAUUUAGACAUCGGAAACAAUGUGAUCAUGAAGUGGUCAGAUUUGAAGGUACUGUCUUCAUUAGUUAACUUGAAAAACUUAAACCUACAAGGAAACCCCAUUGCUGAAAAGGAGGAUUUGGCUAAAAAGAUCAAGAAACAAGUGCCAAAUUUGCAGAUUCUCAAUGCUAAACCUAUUGAAAAGGCCAUGAAAAAGGGAGAGGGUGGCAGAGGCGAUGAUGAAAAUGAAAGUGGUGAUCUUGAUAUUGCUGGGGUCUGGGAUAGCCAGGAAGAAAGGAAGCUUAAAAAUAAAAAGAGAAGUGGACUACCGGAGGAAGGGCUAGAUGAUCACCAUGAAGAGAGUAUUUUCCUGGAGAAUAAAAAAGUGAAAAAGUCUAACAAGUUUUCAAAGAAUGGCAAAAAGGAAAAGGUUAAUGAAUUUGAUAAAGCUUAUGGCUGUAAGAGGAAGGAGUUGGUAGAAGCAGAAAAAGGAACCGAUUUUGACACGGGGGUUCCACCUGUUGAACUUGACACGGGAGAGGAACGAAAGCACAAAAAACAGAAGAAAAGUGAAGUCUCGAAGGAGAAAGCUUCAAAUGUCAAGGAUAAGGAACCAGCUAAAAAGUCUAGUGAGAAGGCUAAACAAAAUAAAACAAGUGCCAUUGAUGAUGGAGAAGCUCCUUUCUUGGAUCUUUUUAUCUCUGACUUACCAGAUCCACUGACCAUUGGACAUAAGGUCGGUAAUCACAACAAAUUACAACAAAAUGUUGAUGCAGCUGCAGGCUUGUCUAUAUUUCCGAAAAAGAAAAAGCAGAACAAGAAUCUUGUAACUGGUGUUGCUGCUGUUCAAUUUUCAUCAGCAAACGAUGAAAUUGGAUUGGGUGGUGCAUCAACAUGGGAUGACUAGAAAAAAGUAGCAUCCUGCUGAGAAAAUUGAGUAGCACAAAGCUCAAGACUGUGAAGUUGGCAACUGUCAUUUAAGCCUUGGCCUCCCGUUUGGUUUGAUUUAUCUUCAAUAAGAUGUUUACAUGGUUUACAUGAACCAAUUGGUUUCACUCCCCUGAUAGACGCUGUAAUUUAUGGUGCCGUGACUGCAAGUGAUGAUAAGGGGCCUUAUUCUUACUUGAAAGCCAGGUCAUUGAGAAGUAAAGGAUGUUCUUUCUUGCUCUUGUUCAACUUUGGUGUUAGGAAGAACAACAACAUCCAACUUGCUUUUACCAGGAGUAUAUGCUGGGAAGAUUCCGUGCACGCAUGGUAAAUGAGCCUAAUUUGAGUCUUGUUUUUAUGAACAUAUCGUCUUUAGAUAAUUAACGGUUCGUGUUUCCAAUGGAACACUUAGAAAAUAUCGUCUGCUUGAAUUUUCUUUGGGCUGAUUUGGUAGGUGGUUGAGACAUCAUAGACUUCAUGAUCAUGGAUAUAAACUUGUUACUCUAUGCAUUUACCAACUUUUCCCAGUUUAAUUAUGAUGAAAACACCAACUCUGUAAACUGGUUGAGAAUUCUCUUGUAGUUGCAAUUUUUAUUUUAUUUUUUGCACUA